AUGGGUUGGUUCGGCUUGAAGGGUGCAUGGCUCACCUUCUGGGUGACCGUCGCCUGUGCAACAGACAUGACGCUCUUUGGCUAUGACCAGGGCGUCUUCGGCGGCGUCAUCGUCACCAACGACUUCCUCGAGACCAUGGGCAUCGUGGGCGACGACAAGCUCCAAUCCACCGUUACCGCUAUCUACGACAUUGGUUGUUUCCUCGGUGCCGUCUCCACCAUCUGGAUCGGUGAACGAUUGGGCCGCAAGAACACCAUCCUCGUUGGCACCACCAUCAUGUCCAUCGGCGCCAUCCUGCAGACCGUCUCCUUUGGUCUGCCCCAGAUGUUCGUCGGCCGCGUCAUCGCCGGCAUCGGCAACGGCAUCAACACCUCCACCGCUCCUGUCUGGCAGGGUGAGACCAGCAAGGCCAGCUGGCGCGGGAAGCUGAUUGUCAUUGAGAUGAUUAUGAAUAUCUUUGGCUUCUCCUUGAGCAACUGGGUGACCUUUGCAUUCUCAUCCCUCACCGGCUCCGUGUCCUGGCGUGUGCCCCUCGCUUUCCAGUUCUUGUUCAUCAUCAUCCUCUACGGAACCGUUCCCUGGCUCCCCGAGUCUCCUCGCUGGCUCAUCGCCAAAGGACGCGUCGCCGAGGCCGAACAGAUCCUUGCGGACCUUGAGGACCGCCCCGUCGAUGACGCCUUCAUCCAGACCCAGUCCAAGGACAUCCAGUGGGCCGUCGACUUCGAGCGCGACAACACCAUCUUGUGGUCCGACCUCCUCCGGGGCCGGACCGGCGAGACCGCCGGCACCUGCACUAUUCGCCGGCUAAUUCUCGGCAUGGGAACGCAGGCCAUGCAGCAAUUUAGCGGCAUAAACGUUACGAGCUACUAUCUUCCCCUGGUCCUCAUUAACUCUGUCGGCCUGAGUAACAACUUCGCGAGGCUGCUGGCCGCUUGUAACUCGGUCAGCUACUUGUUGUUCAGUCUCAUCGGAAUCCCCAACGUGGAGCGCUGGGGCCGGAGAAAGAUGAUGAUGUAUGCCGCCUUUGGCCAGUUUGUCUGCUACGCAGCCAUCACCAUCUGCAUCCGCUACAACGAGAUGGGCGGCCUCGCCCCCGAGAUCCAGGCCCAGUGGGCCAAGGCCUCCAUUGCCUUUUUCUUUUUGUACUACAUCCUGUUUGGAAUCGGAAUGCAAGGUACGCCAUGGCUUUACCCCACCGAAAUCAACAGUCUAUCGAUGCGCGCGAAGGGCGCCGCCCUCGGUACUGCCACGAACUGGAUCGUCAACUUCAUGGUCGUCGAGAUCACGCCGCCCGGAAUCAGCGCCCUCGGCUGGAAAUUCUACAUCAUCUGGACCGUCUUCAACUUCUCCUUCGUGCCCAUCGUCUACUUCUUCUACCCGGAGACGUCCGACCGCUCGUUAGAGGACAUCGACCGCUUCUUCGCCAAUAACCAAAAUAUUCUCGUCUUCCGCGACAAGGACGCCACCUCAUCGAAGCGGCCGCUGAAGUACAUCGCCCAGGAGGAGGAGGCCAUCCGAAGGCGCAACAGCGGCGCCAUGCCCGGCGAGGUUGAGGAUAUGUUGCGCCGGCGGGGCGCGGCGGAGAAGCUUAAGAAGGGCUCGAGCGACGAGGAGAUGGCGUUUGGCGAGCACAAGGAGAGGGCCUGA